AUGCCUGUAAACACAUUUAUUCGAUGGGAUUAUGUAAUGGACAUUUUAACCCAUUACAGUGUGAAUAAAAGUUUUAUGGAAGCAUUUAAACAUACUCCUAAUAAUGAAAAGGUAAAACUCUGUAUGCAAAAUGAAUUCAUCAGGAGCUUUUUGGAAAAAUGGUUGGAUGAACCAAAGUUUAAUGCCAGUCUAAAAAACUCAACCAAAUCCAAAGAGACACGGCUGGCGGCUAAUGAAGAGUUCAAAAUGAAUCGCCUGGAGUUGUGCUGUAAGCUAUACACUAAAGCGGCUCAGUUUGCACCGUAUAAAAGUAUAGAAUUAGCAUUAGCGUUUUCUAACCGUUCAGCUGUAUACCUGAGGCUAAACAAAUAUCAAGAGUGUUUAAAAGAUAUUGAAGCCAGUCUAAAUAUAUUGGAAAAUUCAGAAAUUAAUGAACAAGACGUUCACAAAGGACAAUUAAUUGUGAAAUUGUUAAAACGUAAAAUUGAAUGUUUUAUGGCUUUGAAACAAUUUAAAACUGCUAAAACUAACUGGAAAAAUAUAUUAGAACUAUCAAAGAAUGUUUAUAAAAUACCCUUAGAAGAUCAAUUUAUAAAAAAAUGCAAAAUUUUGUCUGAUUGUGAUAAAAAUAAUUCUAACAACGUAGAUAUUGUUGAAAAUGCUGAUGAGACGCUUACGGAAGAUCUAAUAAAAAAAAAACUGGAUACAAAUAAAAUAACUCUUCCAUUUAGGUCUCCCAAAAUGGAGUUAUGUUAUUCCGAAGCUAAAGGAAGAUAUUUUGUUGCUUCAACAAAAAUAGAAUAUGGAGAACUUUUAAUAUUUGAAAAUCCAUUUGCAUUUGUGCUACUACCAGAAUAUUACAAUUCAUUUUGUUACAACUGUUGUGUACCAUUAAAAUAUUAUUCUAUACCAUGUGAUAAUUGUUGCACUAUUUUGUUUUGUGGUGAUAAGUGUCUUCAAGAAGCAAGGAAUUCAUAUCAUCGUUGGGAAUGUAAAAAAGGAACAUCAAUUUUCAAAUGUAUUGGCAUUGCCCAUCUUGCAUUACGUUUGACAAUAGAAACUUCUCAAGCAAACAGCAAUAAUGAUCAAAUUUAUAAUCUAUUAACACAUAUUGAUGAUUUAAAAUCAUUAGAAUUAUACCAAUACAGUCUGACUGCCACUCUUUUGCUUAUAUACUUGCAAAAAAAAACCGAUUUCUUUGAAAAACAUCCAAAUCUUGUGAUGGAUUCAGUGGGCAAUGAAUUACUACACCAUAUGACAAGAUUAGUAUGUAAUGGAAAUGCUAUUUCCACUCAUAUGUUGUCAGAUUAUGACUCUGGAUCUCAUACUUCAAUUAUUGACGAAUCUCAACCGCGUAUUGGAACAGCUAUUUUUCCUACUUCAAGUUUAUUAAAUCAUUCAUGCAACCCAAAUAUAUUUUCAAGUAAUAUACUGAAGUAUGUUGUCAUUAAAGCUUCACGAGAUAUAAGCGAAGGAGAAGAAAUUACUAAUUGCUAUGGGCCUAACUUUCUACGGAUGCGAUUAGUUGACAGACAGGCUUCAUUGAAAAAUCAAUAUCAUUUUGAUUGUGAAUGUGAUACGUGCUUGGAUCCUCAAACAGAUGAUUUAUUUUUUAAAUCAUUCGAGAGACUUGUAUGUUUGCGAUGUCACAAUGAAAUUCCAGCAACUUUGUCAGAUUUAGAUGUUAAUGAAACUGUGUAUUGCGGUUUAUGCUGUGUACGAAUUAGAACAUUAGAUUAUAAAAGAAACUUACUUAAAGCCGACAAAACUUAUAAUAAAGGAAUGAAACAACUCAAAGCAAGUAAUGUUUUACACGCAAUAAAUGUUCUUUCUGAGAGCUUAAGACUUUAUAAUAUCAUUUUGAACCAAAAUAACUCAAAUAUUGCAAAAUGUGAAGAUAGUAUUGCAAAAUGUUAUGCUUUAGCUGGAGAUUUUGAGAAUUGUUGUAUAUAUUUAGAUAUAAGUUCUAAAGCAAUAGAAAAUCGUUUUGGUAAAAAUAGUUUAGAAGUUGCUUAUGAAUUGGAUAAAAUGACAGAUAUAAUGGUCAAAAACCUAGACAUGAGAAAUGAUCGGAAUUUAAUUCAUAAAGCAUUAAAACAUGUCCGGAGGUCAAUGGAAAUAUUUGAUGCCAAGUUGUCUGCGUGGGAUAUUCCGUAUAGUGGUAUAGAAAAUAUCAAACAUAAAGAAAAUAUAUUGUUACAAUUCUUGGAAGGUAGGUUUUGA